ACUCGUGCGGAGGAAACUUUUAGACAAGUCCGCCAGAGAGACCUGAUGAGCAUGAGCCUUGCGUAGCCUCGGAGUCUGUCUUGGGACCACUCCGCCACGGUUCUCCAAAGUGUCGUCACUGUGCACAAGAAUGGUAGAUAAAGGGCCCCUGUUGACCUCUGCCAUAAUCUUUUACCUGUCCAUCGGGGCAGCGAUCUUCCAGGUACUCGAGGAGCCCAACUGGAAGCUCGCUUCCGAACAUUACAAUGCCCAGAAGGAUCAGAUACUGGAAGAGUACCCUUGCCUGACGAAUGCCGACUUGGACAAAAUACUGAAGGUGGUGUCUGAUGCUGCAGGUCAAGGCGUCACCAUAAGUGGUGACAAGACCUUCAACAACUGGAACUGGCCGAACGCUGUUAUCUUUGCAGCAACCGUGAUCACCACAAUUGGCUAUGGGAACAUUGCCCCCAAAACAUCGGCAGGUCGUGUAUUUUGCAUUUUCUAUGGGCUUUUUGGUGUGCCAUUAUGUCUUACCUGGAUCAGCGAACUGGGAAAGUUCUUUGGUGGCAGAGCCAAGCACCUGGGUCAAUAUCUAACCAAGAAAGGCGUUUCACUGAGAAAGUCACAAUUCACGUGCACAGCUAUUUUCCUACUGUGGGGAGUACUGGUUCAUUUAGUCUUACCACCGUUUGUAUUUAUGUCCCAAGAGGGUUGGACAUAUAUUGAAGGCCUGUACUUCUCCUUUGUCACUUUGACCACGAUUGGUUUUGGAGAUCUUGUUGCAGGUGUGGACCCAAAUGCAAAUUAUCCCACUCUGUACCGUUACUUUGUGGAAGUGUGGAUUUAUCUUGGCUUGGCAUGGCUCUCUCUGUUCUUCAACUGGAAAGUGCGGAUGGUAAUCGAGGCCCACAAGGCACUGAAGAAGCGCCGCAAGCGUCGAAAGCUGUCUCUCGAUGAGCUUCGCCACUACAAAGAGACCCACAAAGCGGCGCUCCAUUUGCCUCCCACUCCCAAUGAUGUCAAUAUCUUCAGCUUCCUGUCCAAGAAGCAGGAAGGCUACAAUGACUUGAUUAAGCAAAUUGGCACCAAAAAACAUGUUGGAAGCAAUGGUAACAGUGCCGCCAUUGCCAGUAAAUCCAAAGAGAUGAGUCGUUCCAAGAGCUGCAACGAUGCCUCCACCUGCAAUGGUCACACCAUCCUUAGCCUUGACCGAUCACCACGCCAAAAGAGACGCUAUAGUUUCAGCGACCGUGUCACUGUGGCCUUUUCAAAGUCCAAGAACUACCUCCUGGGCUCGGACAAUGGUUUGCUGCUAACGGAGGACCAUGGCGAGCGUGAGCUGGAAGUCAACCAGCAGAGAAUGUUUGAGAACCAGCUUGACAAAGAGGUGGAUGUGGAGGGCGGAGGACAGGGAGGAGUAGGAGGUUGUGGAGCAGGUGGCCGGAGGACAUGGGACUCCAAGGAGUACCAGGCCUUAACCUUCCAGAAUGCAAAUAUCACAUUUAUCGACGAGGAGAACUUCCUAAACCAUAACUUGGAAGAGGACGAUGAUGACGACGACUCUAAAGCCAAGCUGUCCAUCACAACCUGCGACGAAAAUGUUGAGUCAGAGACUGACUCCAAAGAGGAGCAGGGCUCUGAAUCAGAGGGGUCUGUUUUCACGAGUGAUGGGUCUGAACACGGACAGUCUUAUGAAAAGCUUGUAGAGGAAUAUGCGAAAGAGGAAAAUACAGAGUCUUGAUUAACUUUUCCUUUUAGUUCACAAUAAAAACCGGAUUUUUCUGCUUAGGAGCAAAAAGACAUUACGAUCAAAAUGUGAUGAUUCAAAGGAACCGAAUGAUAAAUUAGCCUAAAUUACCUGGACUGCUCAUAAGAGAUGUUGGAUUUCCUUUUGAGACCUGAACAAAUGAGGCCCUUUAUCAGGAAGAAUGUAGAUCACAGGGCAUGACAUCUAACAACACAUUAACAAGAUGUACUAUUUAUUGCUUAUGUACAGUUUAACAAAUGGAUCCCAAAGGUUUGUUGGAAUAUCUCCAAACAAGACAGGAGUUAUUUUCCAUGAAGAUGUGUUAUUUUCUUAAAGGUUGAUAGGAAAAUACAGAAAAGAGGUGAUGGUGUUGAUCUGAUUGCAGCUAGCUUCCUUAAUUAUUUUCACCAUAUUGGUGCUUUUGUCAUAUUUAUUAAAAUGAAGGAAACGGUAGCUUUGCAUAUCUUGGUAGUCUGUCAGUGCACAGUCUGACCAACCGAGGAGGGGCAGUUUAACUUUCGAUGCAGAUUAGACAGUAAAACCUGAGCCAAACGAUUGUCUUUAAAGAAAAUGAAGGGCUAUGGGGCCAAUUCCCUCUUUGUGGUUUUUUUUUUCUUUUUCAUUUUGUCUUUUUGUAUGAUCCUUAUUUGUUGUGUGUGAGAUUCUUAUUAACUGCACUGGAGGUUAUUAGGCAUGGGCAACAAGUCGGAGUAAACUUUGAAAGUCAAACCAUUUAGUGUUUCUGGAUGAGAGCAGCACUCAUUACCGUGACUCUACAACUGAGAGGUUUGAGCCAAAUGUGAAUGCCCUGCUGAAGUGGCACCCAAACAGUAGUUUUUCUAUGUGCACCUUCUGAGUCUGAGCACAAAACCACCUUGUGAAUACAACCGUUUGUUUCCUGUGAAUGCUUCCAGGCUUCGAUGAAUGCUGCAAGUUUUGUUUUUUAAACCUCACGGCUUCUUCAGCUUUCUUGUUUGCUUAAUGGUCCAGUGACACUUUGACCAUUUUAAGACCUUUUUAAAGAUGUUGUCUCAAACACCGCUAGAAGCAUCUAUUAGAUGCUAACAGUCUAAAACUGGUUUUGUGAGCACAAUUUUAGCCAUUGUGGUCUGCUGCUGACAAAGUCAGGUGUCUCCACGCUUUCAUUUUUGGGCAUUUGAGCAUGUCGGCACAUAAUGAGGUGAAACCCUGUCAUUCCUUUGCAGACCUUUUUUUUUCCCACUGUGUCUCUUCUUAGCACCCUUUCACUUUUUAUAUUUAACAUGUAAAUAUUGGCUGAAAGCCAUCAGUAGCCACAAACACUGCAUUGCUCAGGACGUGGCCUUGCUGCUUAUAUUUGCUUUUGGGGGCUCGUUCUGGCACAAAUGACUGAAAUGCAACUUUGUUAGCGAGCCAAGGUUGACUUUUGACAAAUCAAUGAUCUCUUGACGUAAAUUGUAGUCAUGAGACGGCAGUAUCGGUGUGCUCAGUUGAGUUUUCUAUAGUAUUUUCUUUCUUGUUUGCACAUGAACACAAAACUCCAGGGAUUACUUCAUUUUUACAAUUUUAGUGACCAAAAUAUCUGGACCUUGGCUUCUCACUGUGUUAACCUUGAUCGGUUCCUUGUUGGUUUCUCUUCCCUUCUCUCAUUGCCUUUUGCACAAGUAAACUUGAAACAGCGGUGCCAAUCAAAACCGUGCAUUGCACAACACUGCAUAGUUGGAUGGCAAUGUUGUGCAAUGUGACAUGAGCCUGCUCAGGACACAUCAUCAUUUAAGGCAGAUAUUUGAGAAGUUAACGAUGGUAAAUUUACAGUAAAUGUAUUUCUUACUUUAAUGAUACGGACACAUGGACCACGCUCUUAAUUUCCAACUCUGCCCUGAUUUUAGAUGAUUACUAAUGGGUACAAGUGCCUACAAUCAACCCACUGCGAAACGGGGGAUAUGCAAUUUUACAUCUAUUGGAUUUAUUCUCCUCCGCUGUAAAAGCCUCCACACUGGGUGUCUUUUUUUCUGUUUUUAUCUUUGUAGAAAGCCACUGUGUGAACUGGUCCUUUCUUCCCCUCGGUUUUCCAUGAGGGCAGCUUUUUACGCAGCGAUGGCGCCCAGUAGAACUGUGAUACAAUUUCUAGCAUAUUCCAUCAUUGUUGAGAAGGAAUAAGUUUUGACUGUCUUUAAGUUCUGCUCUCCUGACUCGGCUCCAUUGUGUUGAGACUUACUCCGGCAUAUUUUGUCUGUUUUUAUGAUUAAAUUAUUCAUAUUUGUAAGUUUGUACAUAAAAUUCCAGUAAAACUGUAUAUGUGUACAUAAAUAUAUAUAUAUAUAUAUAUAUAUAUAUAUAUAUAUAUUUCAUUUUAAAUAAAAUCUGUUUUAAUAGAA